GCUCCGUGCUCCAUCAGCGACCGCCCGCAAACAUGGCGGACUACAAGGAGGCACCUUUGGCGACUCGGCCAAAAACAUUAGAGCCAGCGGAAUAUUUUAACGUUUCUCCCGAAUAUCGCCGGGCGGAGGAGCAGCGAGGAGCGUUCAGAGCCCGACUGAAGAGAGAAUAUCAGAUGCAGCUGAAUAAUCCUCUGCGGAAAGAGCUGAUUGAGGACCCGGCCCUCACGAGGUGGACGUACGCCCGCACUGAGCUGUAUAAUCAUUUCAGACCAUCACCGAAAUCCUCCCUGAUCGCUGGUUUGUUUGGCGUCGCUCCACUCUUCAUCUUGUACUACGUCUUGAAGACUGACCGCGACAAGAGGGAGCAGCGGAUAAAAGACGGGACUUACAAACGCCCUUUCAGACUCUCAUACUGAUCUCUGAUUUGUAUUUCAGGUUAAAUCGUUGUCUCCGAUUGUACAUGUAACUAUAAAUAAACUAUUGAUGAAAGAA